AUGCUUCCCAGUAUCCCAACAUCACUAGCCGCAAAUACCAGCACUCUUGGUGGUACCACUGGCAGCUACAACAGUAGUAGACACAAUUCCCUAUCUCCAGCCAUAUAUUCCAAAACUUCUGGACCACCAACCCCAGCAUCAGCAGUGUCAUCAUCGGCAUCACCAUCAUGUACUGCUGCUGUAGUAGCAGCGGCUGUAGUUGCAACUGCAGAACCAAUCUCACCACCCGUCGACAUCGACGCAAGACUCUUCAGCCUGUACAACAGUACCAGCCAAACACCCGAAUUCAAUCUUGCGGAUCUCUCCAUGCUGCACAACUGGUCUACGGUGACUAGUCUGACCUUAUCACCCACUCCAGAAGCUCAACAAGUCUGGGCGCGGACGGUUGUACAAAUCGCCCUUCAGCAUCGAUUUUUACUUCAUGGGAUAUUGGCCAUCUCGGCUUUGCAUCUAGCGUAUACGCACCCUAGUACUACAAAGGAGUAUAGGGAGCUAGUAGACUACGCCGCGCAGAAUCAAACUAUUGCAUUGAGUUUAUUCCAAAAGGCGCUUGUGUCUCCGACGCCCGGCGGGCAGCGAGAGGCGCUUUUCGUGUUGUCUAUACUCAUUUCAGUGAUUGCGAUCGCGACGCUGCGAGAUGAGAUUUCCGAUGCAAUGGAAAUUGACAUCAUUACCACUCGAGCGUCCGGGGCCGCAAUUAUGGAUUUCAAAUGGAUCCAUCUGUCGAGGGGGAUAUUGGUGCUUAAUCAGGAUCAUUUGGAUGAGUUGGCGCGAGGAUCGCUGGGCAUGCUGGUGAGCAGUGAUGUUAUGCAAGAGAGUGGGAAGUGGCAUGAGAAAUAUUUGGCGACUGAUUUGCGACAUUUGCCGCGAUUGUGGCAUGGUGAUGAGCCCCUGACUGCGAUUGAGGGUUUGGAGCAAGAGAUUUCAAAGGCGGAUCGGGAAGCGUUUGACGAAGCGUACUUUGCUUUGAUUUCGACGCGAUCCAGGGUUAGUGAGUAUCUGCAUUCAUCACCGGGGUCAUCCUCAUCAGCACCACACAAUCAAUUUUUCGGUGGUGAUACUACAACACCAUCAAGACCGUGUGUAUACAACAGAGUCACCGCCGAAGUCUUUAUAUGGCUCAUACGCAUCCCGCAGGAAUACAUUGAGCUACUAGAACGACAACAUCCGAUUGCACUGGUUAUCCUGGCGCAUUAUGCGUCGUUGCUGGGCAAGGAGUGCGCUACGUGGUGGUCGGAGAAGAGCGCGUAUAUGAUUAUUAGGAGGGUGUGGGUUGUGUUGGAUGAGAGGUUGAGGAAGUGGAUUGAGAGUCCGAUGGCUGAUGUUCGUCGUGCCAAUGGAUAG